CUAUAACGGUGAAAUUACUGCAUGUCUGUUACCUUUUAACGCCUGAGCUGAACUGUUAUUGAACCCAUUAAAUGGAAUGUGGUACGCAAAUAAUGGGAGGAGGGAAAGAAAAUGAAUUUGAAAAUGAAAAAAAAAACUGAAAAUAUAUCAUUCAUUUUGGCCUCUUCAAACCUACUAUGUAUAUAAAGGGUGUUUUUUUAGAGGUAUAGAACUUUAAUUUGGCAACACUUUUUUAAUUGGCGGUAAUUUUGUAAACUAUAAAGUGAUUUGUGUUUAGUUUGGUUUGGCAUUUCAAGAUUGAAUAAAUAGGCGCUUGGAUAACGCUUCCAGAUUGUGAAAAUUUAUUUUGAAAAUCAUGGAUCUGUUCCAAAGACUUCGUCGAUUUUCAUAAGCGAAUUUUGUUUAGCGAUGAAGCUCACUUUUGCUUGAAUGGAUACGUCAAAAAACAAAACUGCCACAUUUCGUGUGAUGAUAAUCCUCAAGCCUAUGUUGAGACACCGUUACAUCCAGAAAAACUGACCGUUUGGUAUGCUUUAUGGCUUGUUGGGAUAAUUGGUCCGUACUUCUUUAAAAACGAUGCUGGCCAGAACGUCCAAUGGUGACCGCUAUAGGGCCAUGAUUACUGAUUUUUUCGUUCAACCAUUGAACGAUCAUGAUGUGCAGGAACUGUGGUUUCAACAAGACGGGGCAACAUGCCACACAGCUCGUGCCACAGUUAACUUAUUGAAGGAAACGUUUGGUGAUCGCAUAAUUUCACGUUACGGGCGUUUCGGCCCCAUGAAUUGGCGUCCAAGAUCGUGCGAUUUAACGCCACUCGACUAUAUUCUGUAGGGAUAUGUGAAGUCUCUAGUCUACGACGAUAAACCCGAAACCGCGUUGACCACUUGAAGGACAACAUUCGCCGCGUUCUUGCCGAUAUACGGCCACAAAUGUUGGAAAAAGUAAUCGAAAACUGGACCUCCAGAUUAGACUACGUCCGAGCCAGCCGUGGCGGUCAUAUGCCAGAAGUUAUAUUCAAAUUAUAAUGCCAGAAAAUUGUCUAUCGAAUAAAGUUAAUUUCAUGUCAAUUGAAAAAUAUCAUCUUUGUUUUAUUCCAUUUCAAAGUUCUAUACCUCUAAAAAAACACCCUUUAUAUAUAAUAACUUUAUUAUCUUCUUUACAUUCAUUUGCUUAUCAGGUUACAGAGGCGAGUUAAUAUUUGCUGUUUAGAUUUAUUACUUCAAUAUUUACAAUAAGCAGGAAACUAAGAGAUUUUAGUGUCUAGUAUUUCAUAUGGUAGACGAUAAGGUUUUAUAUAACAGCAAAUUACACGUGUAAGUGAAAUUAACACUUAAAUAUUAAUAAUGGAGAAUAAUAAACAAGUUUCAUGUGACAAAAUGCAAUAUAUAACAGAAGAAGACAUCAAAUUGAUUGUUACCAAAUAUGGAUAUGAGAGUGAAGAAGACACCGUCAUAGAAAAAUACGACGUGCACUAUGCAAGUGACAAAUUAAUUGGAUUUGUGUCGGACUAUUUGAAACUUCAAAUAUCUGUAAGCUCCAACGACACACGAAAAUUAUUAAGCUUCUUUGUAAAAGCAAUUUCGAAAACGAAUGAGGCUAAAGCGAAUAUGGCGAAGGACUUUGGGGCUCUUGAAAAAGAAAUCAUAUUCUAUGAUGUUAUUAAAAAGAAUUUAGCAGUAUCGGGUUUGAAGCCAUGGAGCCCACGCUUUGUAACGUGCCUGCCAGACGCUGUAGUUUUUGAAGACUUAUCAGCUCUACAAUACGAGAUGAGGAGUAGAUUUGAUAAAUUUGAUAAACAACAUACUUUGCAAGCACUUCAAGCAUUGGCCAGAUUCCACGCCGGCUCUAUCGUCUUUGAGGAACUAAAAAGCAAAGAACUUCAGCGACCGUAUACAGUUAAUGAACAAUAUAAGGACACUUUAGGAAGAGGUGGAUACAUAGAAUCCGAUCCUUGGUUCAUUCAAUGUAGAACCACUGCCUUUGAAGCCGUAAAGAGCUUUUCAAAGUAUAGAGUAAAUGUAGAUCACAUGAAAAUCAUUGAAAGCCGCUGGAACACCGUUUUUAACUCCGCUUUACUUUUAGCAGAUCCUUCUUCAGAGCAUCGUAACGUUAUAUGCCAUAGAGAUUUGUGGAAUAAUAACAUUCUAUUUCAUUACAAGAAAUCAGAAGAUAACAGUGUUGUGCCUGACGAUUGCGUAUUUGUGGACUUUGUGGCAGCACGCUACAUGCCUCCUGCAGGCGACGUCAUGCAACUACUUCACUGUAACUUAAAUCCUCGCUUUCGGAAAGACAACCUGCACACUUUCUUGAAUUACUACUACGAUGAACUCAAAGUUAUUCUGGAGAGCAAUGAUAUUGAUAUCCUGAAUAUUAUGAGCAGGCAAAAAUUUAUGACCUCAGCUAAAGAACAAAAUUUGUGGGGUCUUGUAACAAACGCUUGUUUAGUGGAAAUAUUUUGGAUGGAUGACGAUAUGACGACAAAAGCUUUUACUGAGUCAGCACAAUUUCAUAAAAUAAUGUAUCGAGAUAAAGCGAAGUAUGUUAAAAAUAUAAUGGAAAAUAAUGAGGAUUACAAGAAUAUUCUUUUAGAAGUAUUUGAAGAGUUUAUUGAAGAUUAUCUUCUGAAUUAAAAUUAAGUUACACCAAGUACAUAUUUUAUUAAAUUAUCCAUAAACACAAUAUUUUCUGUAAUUAUACUAUCAAUAUGUAUGUCACUAUUGCAUCCACGGAUAUAAACUGGAUUAAAUCUAAGCUUU